AUGGUAGCCACACAUGUAAAGACUGUGAAUCUCAUCGAAGCAUUUGACGUCGAAAAACGUCAUUUGAUUUAUGGAGGAUUUUACCCUAUACGUAACUAUUCGACAUUGAAUAAAUGUUUGUAUUAUAUAAAGGCUACAUUUACUACCACCAUCUCAUGCCUAGAAUGGUUAUUGUUAAUUAUAUUUGUGUAUACAAAAUUUCCUGAUAUUCUGAAGGUAUCAGAGUGUCUACUUAUUUGUUUGACACAAACCGCUUUUAUUUUCAAAUUAAUCAAUUUCAUAAAGCAAAAAAACGGAAUGCUUAUAAUCGAAGAACAGUUACGAGAUUCUUUAUUAACAGAUAUCAACGAAGAAGAAGAGAAAAUUUUUGUUGAAUAUGUGAAUGGAGUCAAACAAUUGGCAAAAGUUUAUAGAUCGAUUUGCGCAGUUGCAGUCGGUUUUUUCGGCCUUUGUCCUAUUUUAGAUCAAGGUUCUGAAGAAAUUAGAAAAUUACCUAUACCAAUUUGGGUUCCGUUUAAUACUGAAGACUAUUAUUUUUAUAUCUGGCUCGCAAUAUUAUUUAGUUUAUGUAUUUCAGUUUGGACUAAUUGUACUAUCGAUAUUUUAACAAUAAUGUUAUUUAUAAUAGCAACAGCUCAGUUCAAAAUUCUAAUAAAAAGAUUUAAAAAUGUCGUUCCUCCAGGCGAUAAAAACAUUCAUGAAGCCAUUGUUAACCAGUCGUUAACUAAAUGCAUCGUUCAGUUUAACAAAAUUAACAGUUUUAUUAAUACAUUGGAAAACAUUUUUUCUAACGGAAUCUUUAUCCAAUUUCUCUGUAGUGUAUUGGUAAUAUGUUUAACGGGAUUUCAAAUGUUCGUAAUUUCGUUCCAGAAACUUGAAAUAAUUCUUCUCUUCACAUACUUCAAUUGCAUGAUGUGUCAAGUAGUCAUGUAUUGUUGGUAUGGACACUUGUUGAUGGAAAGUAGUGACGAGAUAACAGAAGCCUGCUACUCAACAUUUUGGUACAAGUGUAAUGCGAAAAUUCAGAAAAUAUUUAUAACUGUAAUGGAGAGAUCAAAAUAUCCGGUUAAAUUGAAGGCUGGAAAUUUUUAUACAUUGAAUCUUGCUACAUUAAUGACGAUUUUAAGAUCGUCAUAUUCUUACUUCGCAGUAAUACAGCACGUAUACACCAACAGAAUGCAAGCCAAUAUGGAUAGUAUUAAUUAACGAUCGAAAAAAUAUUCUAUAAAAUUUAAUUCACAAAUCGUUUGAUUUAGUAU